AUGAAGCCAUUACCAUUUGGUACACCGUGCAGCUGUGCUAUUUUCAUUUUAGUUUAUUGUAUAAUUUCCCUUUUUAUUUGGCUCAUGUAUACGGAUAACUUAUCCAACGCAAUAGUAGACUUUGAGUACUUUUCAAUUGAAAAUCUUGGCGAGCUGGGAAAAGAAGCCCAUUUGCAAAUGACGAAAAAAGAUUUUGUGAGUGCUGAGGAACAGUAUGCAAGAUAUCAUUACAAUGCUUGGCUCUCUGAGAGAAUUCCGCUGAAUCGAACUCUGGAAGAUUAUAGGGACCAGGAAUGUCACAAUAUCAGCUAUACUUCGGUGAAAAAGCUAACUGCUAGCAUUAUUAUAGCCAAUCAACUGGAGCAUCCUCACACUCUGCUGAGGACCAUUUACAGUGUUAUAUCGCAAACAUUACCUUACCUAGAUAUUGAGAUAAUAUUGGUUCACGAUGGACUUGCUGAUCCAGAUGUGUUCGAGUAUAUAUCACACAAACUUCCCAUAGUUAUACAGGUGGAAGUUGAAACUUUAAGGGGGCUUAUCCAUGCUCGUUUAACUGGAGCUAGGAUAGCAACUGGAGAUGUCCUCGUAUUUCUAAAUGCCCACAUGGAGGUCACAAAGGGUUGGCUUCCUCCUUUAGUGGAACCCAUCUUUUUGAACAAUCACACCAUCACGGAGCCUAUUAUAGAUGCCAUUUCUGGAGAAUCUUUCGCCUACCAGAAAUUGACUGAACCUGAUCAACGGGCGUUUAAUUGGCAGUUGGAGAACAUCGAGAUCCCCUUGGAUCAGAUCGCCUGGAAUAACCUCCCCAAACCAUACGCAUCUGCCCAACUGGAGGGACGUGUUUUUGCAAUAGAUCGCAACUGGUUCUGGCACCUUGGAGGAUGGGAUGAAGGCCUCCAGGACAAUGGGGGCGAUGCCCUGGAACUCAGCCUAAAAGUGUGGCAGUGUGGUGGUAGCAUCCUCACUGUUCCCUGUUCUCGAGUCGGAAUCAUCUAUAAACGGGAAGAGGUAGAGGCCCAGAUGGCUCCAAAUAGAAAUCCAAACUUACAAGUCCGAAAGAAUUUUAAGCGUGUUGUGGAUGUCUGGUUCGACGAAUUUAAGCUCCACUUCUAUCGAUACAAUCCAAGGCUCCGAAACCUUACCGCGGAAUCGCUGAAUGAACAGCGAGAACUUCGUCGUCGCCUCAAUUGCAAGUCCUUCGGAUGGUACAGAAGCCAAAUGGCGCCGCUCCUCAGGAACCACUAUCUUCAUGCCGGACUCUCCAACUUUGCGGUCGGUAAAAUAUUGUCCUUUGUGGCGCCAAAUUAUUGCCUGUCUAUCAAGGGGGGAUUUCCAAUCAUGAGAAAAUGCAAUUCUACUAAUUUCGAAGACUGGACACUGACGGCUCGCUGCCAACUGAAACACGGUCAAAUGUGUCUGGAUGUGGACUCCAAAAAUAAUGUCAAGGUUACGAAGUGCACUAAAAAAGUGCCGAAAAAUCCCUGGCAAUAUAAUUAUCAGCACAGGUCAUUCGUUAGCAAUGGAAACAAAUGUCUUCAAAUUGAUGUCACGAAAGUCGUUUUGAUGUUAAGUACUUGUGACGCUGAUAUAGCGGAACAACGUUGGAUGUUCUCCGGAGUGCAGGACUCAAAAUUCGACCAAAUCAUGAGUGCUUGUUUGAAUAUAAACCAUUAAAUUUUUGAAACGUAACUUAUCUUAACUUUAAAAAUAUUUCUAAUCGAAACUUUAAAUAUUUUAUUGCGCUUAAUUUCGGUAGAAAAUAUAACUUAAUUUGAUGAUAGUUU